AUGUCGGGAUCCAACCUCUCCGACCGGUCCGCCGCCUCUACUCAUCCGGUCGUGAAGCCGCCGAAUCCCUUCGACUCUUCCGCCGGCUCCACCGCCGCCACUCUUCCGAUCCUGCCUACAUCCGACCACAUCGACGGCACAGCCAACCUCUUCGUCCUGAACCGUGACGCCGACUGGCUAGCGAUCGACGCCACCAUCAUCAGGUGGCUCUUCCUCACCGAUGAUGCAUGCACGGUGUGGAACAAGAUCGUCGGCCUCUUCACCGACAACAAGCUCCAACGGAUCGUCUUCCUGCAGCAGGAGUUCUUCGGGUGCCAUCAAAACGACUCCUCCGUCGACGCCUUCUGCAUGCGUCUCAAGACCCUCUCCGACGAGCUCAAUGACAUCGACUUCAAGGUGGGCGACGAGUUGCUCCUCUCCAGCCUCACCGCCGGCCUCAAUGAGGAUCUCGGCAACGCCGCCUCCAACCUCACCCUCAUGGCGAACCCCACCUACGAGCGGGCGGUGGCUUAUCUUCGUCUCGAAGAACGCCGGUUGAAGCAUCUUCGCUCCCAUGCCGUUCAUACCGCCUUCGCCGCUGGCUACUCGCGCGGUGGCCCCGCGCCCUCACGCGCGCCUCCCGGCUUCCCAGCGCCGUACCAGGCGCCCCGGCCACCGGCGCCUUCCGCGCCGCAAGGCGCCUACGGCGCCUCCUACCAGCAGCGGCCACCGGCUCCUCCUGCGGCUCUUCCCCAACAACCGCCGCAGCAGCAGCCCCAGCAGCAGCAGCAGCAGCGCCAGAGGUGCCGCGGCCGCGGCAAAGGCCAGACGCAGCAGCAACAGCCGCGCCCCGGGCCUGUCCAGCAGCAGCCGACGCCGCCUUGGGGGGGUGGCCACAACCCCUGGACAGGGUUUGUGCACGCCUACACCAUGCCCGUGCCCCGCCCACCCGCUCCGAGCCUCCUUGGGCCCGGUCCCUCCAGCCAUCAGGCAUUCUUCGCCGGUCCGCAACCCGGUCCGGUCGCUCCACCGGCCUACUACUCUCCUGCUCCGGUUGGCUAUGGCGGGCCAACCACCAACACAAGCGUGACUGGCUCCUCCGGCUAUCCCGCGCCGGUCUCUUAUGAUCCGGCCCUACUUGUUGCUCUUCAUCAGCAGCCUCCGGUCAGGGCUUAUUCCGGCGGUGGCGAUUGGUUUAUGGACACCGCUGCAUCUUCGAACAUGGCCGCUUACCCGGGUAACCUCUCUUCUGCGUCUCCUAUUCACACUUCUUCUCGUAUCAUUGUCGUCUGUGUUCGUAAACUUUCUCGAGAUAACUCUGUAACUGUGGAAUUUGACGAAGUUGGUUUUUCUGUUAAGGACGCCCUCACCCGGAUGGGCGCCCCCUGGACGCACGGCACCCCGGCUCCUGCCCGCUGCUUCGCCAGGCUCACCGACCUCCGAGCCGGCCUCCACGUCGGCCUCCACGCAGGCCUCCCCGGCUGCUUCAUCGCCGGGCCCCGCGCCGGCCUCUGCGCCGGCCUCUCCAGCUGCUUCAUCGCCGGGCGCCGCGCCGGUUUCUGA